AUGAAUAAAUUGAUCCCAGCCAUAGUCUCAGAUAUUGAUGGAGUAUUAGUGAGGGGGAAGUCAAUAAUUCCAAAUUCAGACACAGUUGUUAAGCAAUUAUUGAAUUGCCAUUACACAAAUGGAAUCAGACACAAUAUUAGGAUUCCCUUUUAUCUAUUGACUAAUGGAGGAGGAUGCACAGAGUUGGAGAAAGCCAAUUCCUUGAAUAAGAUUAUGGGUUCAAAUUUUAAGAGAAAUCAUAUCUUUUUGAAUUACACUCCAUUAAGACCAAUAAUGAAUGAAUAUUAGAAUAGAUUAAUUUUAAUCUGUGGAGCUGGCAAACUAACAGAAAUAGCUAAGGAUUGUGAUCUAAAAUAUUUCUACACAAUAGAUGAAUAUUCUGCAUUGUUUGAUUAAGUUGCUUUUAAAUAAUAUGAUCCUGAGAUGAUUAGAUAAUAUGAGGCUGACAUCAAAUAAAGACAAAUGGAAUAGAUGAAAAAUAGACAAAUCGAAGCAGUGUUUAUAGUAUUUGAUCCAAUAAAGUGGGAAGAGAGUAUUUAGACCAUUUCCAAUUUGGUUAAGGUGAAUAAAGAUAUACCUAUUUAUGUAGUCAAUAACGAUGCGACUUAUGCAGAUUAAUUUAAAUUGCCAAGACUGGCAUUUGGAACAUUCACUAACACUCUCAUUUCUAUUUUAAAGAAACAGUACAAUAUAAAUCCAAAUAUCAUUUAUUACGGAAAACCAUCUCUAAAUACAUUUAGAUAUGUAUAAUCUUAUAUACAUGAAAAACAUGAAAAUAUUGGUAAUUUUUAUAUGAUUGGUGAUAACCCUACAAGUGAUAUAAGAGGUGCAAACUUAAUUGGAUGGCCAUCAUUAUUGGUGAGGAGUGGUGUGUUCAGAGAUGGUGACAAUGAUCCAAAAGAUCCUGGGAAAUAUGUUGUGAAUGAUUUAAUGGAGGCUUACAAUAAGAUAUUGCAAUUAGAAGGAUUAAAAGUUGUUUAAUGA